CCCAUUGUAAAUACUUGUCAGAUAAUUCCCCCUAAUCUAUGAUAAGACACAAAACAAUCAGAGAUUGAUGCACUUCGUUUAAUUGGUAUAAAAGGGCUCUCCGAAUUCACAUCUAUAUCCAAAACGAUUUGAGCAUUUAAACAAUCACCAUUUGAAAAAACACAAAAAAAUGAAGUUUCUGCUUGUCUUAGUCGCUCUAUUUGCCAUUACCUUGGCAGCACCUGCUCCCGAGACUCUAAAAUUGGAUACCGAUUUUGUAGCUGAAGGUAAACUCGAGGAAUUGCCCGGCGAUGAGUAUGGUCCUGAAGGCAUUGUGGUCCGUGGCACCUACUCUUUCAAGGAUCCUCAUGAUGGCUCGGCUUACAACGUUAGCUAUGUUGCCGAUGAGAAAGGUUGCAAAAUCGCUGGCGAUCACAUUCUUAACAUUUAAAUUCUGAACCAACCAUAGAGUAUAUAUAUGGCAUAGUUAAAAGGAUAUGAACAACAAUUUCUAAUAUUUUUGUUUAAAUUUUGUUAAUUAUUUCUAAGUGUUAAUUAAAAAAUCUUUCCAAACUUGCAA